AUGGGCAGACUAACGACGUCAGACCGCGUCUGCACAGAAGGACCCGUCAAGCCCUGCAAUAUGUCACUCGAGGUGGGCGUCGUCCCAGAGAACCAAAACAUCUACUACGUCUGCAAGCCCAAAGGAAACGGUCUCGACCCGGAAAUGUACCGGUGUCCCGCUGGAAUGGUUUUCAACGUCACUCUUUAUUCCUGUGUAGAGCCCUCCAUAACACCAGAACCUACCCAAACGGCUGCUCCACCAGUGACGCCUCCGUCAACGGCUGCACCAACAGAGACACCUCCAUCAACGGCUGCACCAACAGAGACGCCUCCGUCAACGGCUGCACCAACAGAGACGCCUCCGUCAACGGCUGCACCACCAGUGACGCCUCCGUCAACGGCUGCACCACCAGUGACAUCUCCAUCUACUCAGUCUCCACCAUCACCAGGCGGCGAGUGCACUACGCCCGCAGAAUCCACUGCCAACCCAGAAGACUGCCACAGCUUUUACAAGUGCAAUGGCGAAACUUGGGUGCGCAUUGAGUGCAUUUAUGGAUACCACUACGACCCACAAGAAGAGACGUGCAUUUACGGGCCCUGCCCAGGGAGCAGAGGACUAGAACUGCUGAAAUAUUUCUAA